CUAGAACUUCUGCUAAGGGCGGGGACGGAUCAGUACAUCUCAGGAAUGAUAACAGAAAGGACUGUCGAAAGGACAAACACAAGCUUCGUGGAGAUAGUUUGCCGCUAACUAAGAUCAGAAAGAACAACCAGGACGACGACGGAGGUGCAAAGGGAAACUGGUCAGGUCGCCAUAGACUAGGUAGGGUUUGAGGAUUUGGGGAGAGGAAAGAUAACUUUCGGGAAAGGACGCGGCCCUCCCGACUCCCGCAGGCCCCCAGCUCGCCCUCACGUACGCUGUUAAAGUCUGGGGCGGAGAGAUGGCAGUGACAGUCCACUAGCCCCGAACCCACUGCCAUUUCUGCAGGAAGCCGAAGGAAAAGUCUGGGGCCACAGAAGCCCAGGCGGAAUCAUAGGCGCCGGAUUGAGUUUCCGGCCGGACGCGUACAGUGGCGUCCCACUGAGGGAAACGUCCUUCCGGUCUCAGCGUCACCGCCUCAAUUCAAACCGGGGAGAUGGCGGGUAAUCCCGAAGCGGUGCCGGUCUCCGCCUCGCAGGAUCAGGACGCCUGGACCCCCUCAGACUCCCAGGCCUCGGUGGCCGCCUCUCCCGCGGAGGACUUCCGAGUGCGCUGCACCUUGAAAAGAGCCGUGGCGGAAGUGAUGGAGCAAUGCGGUCGCUUUGUGCAGGAGCUCGGGGCCGCGCUGCCGGAGGACGUCCGAGACCUCGCGCUGCGGGACGCGCAGUGGACUUUUGAGUCCGCUGUUCAGGAGAAUGUCAGCAUCAAGGGACAAGCCUGGCAGGAAGCUACGGAUAUAGAUGCUGACAUCAAAGUACUUGAAGAUGAAUUUGAUGAGCUCAUAGUAGAUGUGGCAACAAAACGUAGGCAGUACCCGAGAAGGAUCCUCGAGAGUGUCAUCAAGACCUUGAAAGCACAGCACGAGAGUCUGAAGCAGUAUCGGCCUGUUGUACAUCCCUUGGACCUGCGAUGCGACCCUGACCCAGCUUCUCAUGUGGAAAGUUUGAAAUGCCGAGGGGACGCCAUAGCUAAGAACAUCAGUGACGCCAUGAAGGCUUUGCCUGCAUUAAUUGAACAAGGAGACGGCUUUUCCCAGGUCUUGAAGAUGCAGCCUGUCAUCCAGCUACAGAGGAUCAAUCAGGAAGUCUUUUCCAGCUGUUGCAGGAGAGCAGAUACCAAGCCCGACAAGUCUGUAACACAAAUAGAAACCACGCCGACCGAGACUGCAGCCAGGAAAGCCUCGAACAUUGUGCUGAAGAGAAAGCACGCCCCGUUGGACUGCUCUCAGAGAAAGCGCUACCCGCUGCGGCUAAAGAAAAUCAAUUUCGAUGGAUAAGCUGUGGGUUGGGGAAUUGAAGCCAGUGCUCUCAGCGUUUGGGUCACAAUCUGCUGCGCGGGGGAUGUCACUUCAACUGCCUGUGACUCUCUGCAGGCACAGUGCUCUACUCUGCUUGUCCUGGGCUGUGGUGGGUUCUCUACGCCCUUGAUCUCCUUCUGCGCUAGGUAAAAGCCUUUUGAGGAUUGCACAGCCCUGCCCGUGUCCUCAGAUGCCAUCGGUCCCUGCAGCCUUGCAGCUGCUGAGGCCUCGCAGGGGUGUGGGCUGAUGCCCUGGGGUGGUUCUGCACGGCAGUGUGUGCAUGGCUAGUUCAGCUCAUAGGUGAGCGCACCGAAGAUGGGCCUGGCCUUGGCUCUGUUCCGUGGGCAGUUAAUUUACAGUUUUAGGGUUUUGUUUUGUGAGAAAGGAGAAGGCUAUUAUUUAUGCAGGGAAUAUUCUUAAAAAGCAAACCUGAGGCUGGAGCCUCUGUUUCUUGCCUAUACUUUCAUGUCUGUAGGUUUUUUAAUAUAACUUGACUGGGAACUGAUAGUUUCUUUUAAAGUCUUCGUUUCCAAAUAGAUCCUUCCAGUUCAAAGUAUACAUUAGGAUUGUUUGUCCUGCCAUGUACAGCAGAUCUAGGCCGAGUGAGCUACCCCUGUUAAGGGUGUUGGUAUCUGACAUAGUGUCAGACUUAAAAGGGUCUCAGCAAACUUACUCUGAGAUUUAGCCACAGCCUCUCAGAGCCGACAUUGUGUCUCACACGGUGCGUUGUAGAUAGGGCCGCUAGCUUACCACCUGUUUCCUUUUUGGGUGAUUAUACACUUUUGUUCGUUUCCAGAGGAAUGUACGAAGGGCUUGGAAAUUCUGUAUUACUCUUGCUUGGUAUGUCCCCAUGAUCAUACACAUCUAGGUUUGUCUGGUUUUCUCAUUUGAAAAAGCCUUAUGGUGAGGCCAUUUAUGGAAUCUUUAGAUUCUGUUUUAGUGUUCCUACAGAGCAAUGUUUUUGUUUUGUGUUUUAAAAUAACAUAUAAAGACCAAAUUCCUGGGUCGUGCUCUCUCCAGCUAACAAAGCAUUCAGGUGCCAGCCUGCACCAGACAGCAGGUCGGCACUCCGCGUUCUGAGUGAACUGACCUUUGCCUGAGAAUCACUGGUGACUUCAGGAGGUGGCUGCUGUUGUGUGAUUGAUCUUACUUCAGAAGUUCCCAAGUAGGCAAGGCUGGGCGGCAAUGCUGGUUCCCAUUGGGCGAGUGCUGUAGGACCCAAUGGGAACAUUGGAGGCGUCCCGCUGGGUGGCUCUCAGGAUCUGAGGCUGCACCAAGAGGAAUUUUGAGUGAUUCACAAAUGUCUGGCAUGAAUGUGACUUGACCUUGGAGAGGUGACCGGGGCCACCUCGGUGGAGGGUUGUCUUCCAAGGGAGCAUUUGUUAAGGCCAAGGCGCUUCUGCCUAUGGUAACUUAAGGUGUUUGAGUGUUUGUGUCGGGAGAGGGGGUACUGCUGUCAUCAGUGAGCUGAUGCUGCACCUACCCCAGACCAGUCAUCCUGAGGCAGAGAAGCCUGUUGAGGGGUAAGGUGGUGCGGCUGUUGCGCCAUUCCGACCCAUCUGGGAAGCGCUAUCAGUACUGGCGUGCGACUGUUGUGGCAUUCUGCCUGUUUAUACCCUGUAUGUGUGUCCUUGCCAGCCUGGGCUGCCUGGCAAUACCGUGUGUGUGUGUGUGUGUGUCCAUCCAUCAGCCUGGGCUGCCUGGCAAUACCGUGUGUGUGUAUGUGUGUGCGUAUGUGUGUGUGUCCCCGCCAGCCUGGGCUGCCUGGCAAUACCGGGUGUGUGUGUGUGUGUGUGUAUGUAUGUAUGUGUCCAUCUAUCAGCCUGGGCUACCUGGCAAUACUGUGUGUGUCCCCGCCCAAUAGAUAAGACUAAUGUGACCAAGUCUUAGCUGUUGAGUCUAGAAUUUGCUUCUAAUGCUAGAAGGUUUUACAAUAAAGUUUGAAU